CAGUUUCCUUUUUUUUUCAUUUAUAACUAUUCAAAGUGAUGACAAAUACGAUAAUAUUGUAUACUAUGAAAUUAAAUGAAAUACAUCAAUAUUUUAAUAUACUUUAAUUUAGAUCAUAUUUCAAUUGUAACAAAAGUGUUUCAAUUGUACAACUAUGAUAUACUAAUUAUGAAGGCAUGUAUAUAAGUAUAAAGAUAUAUAAUAUAUAUGUACUUUUUGUAUAUCCAUACAUUAAUCAUAUUUUUGUAAGUAAUCAGCAAAUUUUGUGACAACCAGGAACUAAAUUAAGAUUCAAAUUAUUCUUUUCGUCAGUAGAUAGUUUUAUCUAAUUUAAAACUAAAUAUUGAUGAAUCAAAAUAGAAAUUAAUUAUGAAGUUUAUAUCUAAAUCGUCAAUCUCAUUAGCUAGAAAAUAUUUUUGACAAAUAUCAUUGGAUAGGAUUCGCUAGUUGAGAAAGUCAUGAAUAAGCGCCAUCUUGUGAUGCUUCAGAGUACUUGCAUAAUGUUUUUGGAACAGGGAUCGUCAUUUCACAAAUUUGUGGUUGUGUAUUACGAUAACAAAGAAGUAGGUGAUUUAUUAAGCGAAUAAAUAGAGAAUUUAUAGAGUUUUUGCGGUUCUACGCAUGAUAUGCUUUUAAGGAAAGACAUAGAAGGUUCCCGAAAUAAUUGACGUAGUUUUUGUCAUUGCAUAGGGAGACAAAAUAAUGCGAGGUGCGUAUGUAUGACGUACGAUCAAUAAAUUACUAAGAAAUUCGCAUCAAAGUUUAUCUUAAAAAUGCUUUUCUUUUGCUGUGAGAUAUUAAAUAGAAAAGCUCUGAACUUAAAUUCGUAACUGUAAGAAAAAGUUGUGAGCAUUGUUUCUACUUUAAUAGCAUUUCAAUGUCUAUCUAUACAAUGACAGUAGCCACAAGUUGACAUUAAUUGGCAGUGCCCAUAUUCUACGAUCCUGUUCUAAAAAUUCGAACACCGGGAAUAAAUAAAAUUCAUAAUACGUUGCGACUUCGUAGUAAUUUGAAUAAAUAUUUUUUGCUUAAUCAUUAUAUUAAUGAAUUAUGUGUGUAUAUGUAUGUGAGGUAAACAAGUAUAAAUAAAUAUGUCUCAUGGCUGCAAAAAAGUUACACAACAGGGAAAAUGGAAAUAUAGGAAGAGUACAACAGUGGUUGCAAGAUCAAUCAUUCUGUACUUUAAACAUAUAUGAAUUUCUUUUGACUUUGCAAUUUAAGAAAUUGCAGAAUCAGCAAGGGAAUAAAAUUUAUGAUAAAGAUAUCCAUCGAACAUAUAAAUAUUUUUUAAGAUAUUUGCACAAUAACUUGGAUUUCUUACAAAAGAAAUGGCUAUCAAUAUUAUUUAUUCACGAUAUUGCUACUAAACCUCCAAUAAGAAGUUUUUUUUACUUCAAUAAUGGAUCAAAUUUCAGUGAAAGGUUUUUUUUUAAAGUACAUAAAAUAUGGUCACUAUCAAGUUGUACAACUGAACAAUAUCUGAAGGUGGACAAAUGCUAUGUUGCGAUAAAUACAAAUCCUAUGUCAUUAGAAAUGGCUCAUUCUAGUGUAGAAGCUGACUCAGUCAAUCAUCUUGAAACUAUAACUUCAGAAAAUUUGGGUGUAGAUUUUGAGGAAUCACAAUUACCAAUAUAUACUUCAACUAUUAAUGCAACGCAUUCAGCUCAUAUUACACAAACAGAUCAUGAAGACAAUGUAUCUACUACUGAUUUCAAGCAUGAUAAUACUUUGACCACUUAUAGUGAUUCGUGUCGUACAAAAGAUUUAAAUAAAAUAGCAUUAAUGGAUUAUCUUGUAAAUGAUAGCAGUGCUACAAGCUCUUCUAUAAAUAGCCAACAUGAAUAUUCAUCAGGUUCAUCAAUAGAAAAUGCUAAAAAAGUAAUAUUACAUAAUGAUGAGAUUGCAGAGUAUGAAAAUGAAGUUCUUGGUGAUCCAUUUUAUGAAUCAGAUUGUGGAAGUGAAGGAAAUGAAACAUCAGAAUCUGCUCCAAAAGAAAAUGAUGAAUAUAAAGAGAAAGUAUUAGGGAAGUUAGAAGAUGAAGAAAUGCAUGAUAAUUGUUCCCAAGCAGAAAGUACAUGUGCAGAGAACAUGCAACACAAAUUGACUGAUUUCACGAGUUCAUCAGUAUGCAAUAAUUCUAAUACAAGCAAUCAUUACUUUAUAGAUGCAUCUUCUCUGAAUGAUGAAAUGGAAAUUUUAAAUAUAAAUGUUAAAGAAGAUGGUAGGAACGCAGGAUCUUAUAUGUCUGUUUCUGCUGAUUUUGCACAGACUUUAUCAAGUACUACUGCAGAUCAAUUCUAUAAGUUUACAUGUCCAUUUAAAGUAACAAAUUUACAGAAUGAAUGUAGUAAAAUUGUGGAAUUUGAACCGGAAAUGAAAGUAACAAAAUACUUUCAACCAUUUGCUGACAUAGCUAGGAUAACGAAAGUUAAUUCUACAUUAAUCAGCAAAGAUGAUGUGAAUAAAGGUACAAACAAAGAGUCAUUAGCCGUAGAAAUUAAAGAAGCAGAUAGCGGUGAAAGUACACAUGCUUCACCUUGUCCUGAUAAUAGCACAAAUAUCAAUAAUUGUCAAGAUAAAAUAAAUGUAAACAGUGAUGAGAACUUACUCUUGGAUAUUACAAAUGAUGAGUUAGAGAAUCCUAAAAAAAGUACUACAAAUUUUACUGGAGAUACACAGCAACCAUUAUUAAUAAGAAGAAAUACAUUUGAACUUGAUUCAAGUGAUAAGCUUUCUGUUUUAAGGCAAGAAUAUGAACGUAGACAAGGCAAUCUUGUUUUUCAAAGUGCCAUACCACAAUAUUCAGGACACCGUGUAGAUAGUGAUAUGAUUUCUAGUGUGGCACCAGAUUCAACAGCUGUACCUAUUAAUGAUGUAUUAAAUAAUUAUACUUCUGAUAUUCAAGUAGCAACUACAAAUAUGCAGUAUCAUACAAGAUAUUUAUCUUUAGACAGUUAUGAACAUAAAAUUGAUAAAAAGAUAUUAGAAAAUAAUUAUCUUCUGCAAAAUAGUAUUACUAAUUCUGAUAUAUUAUAUCCUGCAGUAGAUAUAACAAAUGAUAAAGUUGCAUCACACAGUUAUGCAGAUGAUGAUAAUGCGUAUAAGUGUAGCAAUAGCUUACCAGUUACUGUAGAUUGUAAUAUAGAAAAUGUUAAAUCUAUAGAUGUCAUCAGAAAAACUAAAAGAAAUGAAACUGCUCCUAUUAUUUCUGGUGGUGUUAGCACAUCAGAUUUUACAAAACCCAUCGAUAGUCCUAUCGUACAACGUAAAACAGAAUCCACACCUAUUGUAUCAGGUGGUUCUGUGAUUAUGGAUGAUACUAAAGAUAGACCAUCAAGAAUGUCUUCUUCCAUGACAGCAUGGAUUGUAGAUAUGAGUGAUUGUACAAAAAAUGAAUCAGGAUCAAGCGCAAAAGAUAACUCUGUAACAAAUAUGUCACAAAGCUUUUCUACUUCUGAAUGUGUUAAGAAUUCUGUAAGAUCUAACAACCAUGAAAAGUAUAGCAGUUUAGGUUUUUUUGUCAAUUUAAAUAAUGUAGAAUCAAGGGAAGAGGUACCAGUCAAAGAAAAUGUGGAAAACAAAAAAGAGUCAUAUAAAACUGAUAAAGCAUAUUGUGAAUUCUAUAUUGAUAUAUCUAAUAAAAAUGAUUUUCCGAAGAAUAAAAAGAUUGUAAAAGAGGAUACGAAUCAUAAAAACGUUGAAGAAGGUGAUAAGAAGAACAUAUUCUCUAUGUUUAUUGAUUUAGGUGAUCCACAAAAAACAACUGAAAAUGCUCAGAAAACAACGCAUAAACGAAAUUUAUCAUCAUUUACUGAUAAACGCAUGGAAACGAAAAUUGACGAAGUUGUGACAAGUGAAAACUCUAAUACUCUUCAAGAGGAUCAAGAUUUAAAUUCAACAAAAUCUAUAAAAGAAAAACCAAAACGAGGUGUUUUUAUGUUUAUUGAAUCUGAUUCUCCUAUAGUAAGAAGACGAACGUUGUCAUCUUCACGAUCAGUUUUAAAACGUCAUUCGUGGAAUAUCGAUAAAACACAAAGUAAUAAUGGCAAUGGACAACCUGCUAAGGAAUUAAUAAUAAAAAAAGAACACAAACGCGCGCAUAGCUUGUCAGUAGAUCAAAGGGAUUUGAAGAAGAUGCAAACAAAGCAAAGUUCUUCUAGUCAUUCUCUUAGUGAUGCUGCAGGAGGUGAAUCCACAAACCAUAAGAAUUCAAAUUUUUUACAAGAAUUGGAAAGUAAUUCUAAUAAUAAUAUGGAUACAUCCACAGAAGAAUGUUUGGCAUAUGAUAUAAAGGAUACGCCACCAAACUCUCACAUAGAAAUCAUUGAUAAGGAACUACGUGCGAGUAUCAAACAUCAACAAUACAAGGAAUUAGGUAAUGAUAGAGAGCAGCAGUUGGAAGAUGAUCCAAAAAUAUAUGAGGACGAGUAUUCAGACGUGUCUGGAUGGGGGAAGACUUGCACAGGAAGUACUAAUGGACAAACACGUAAAAGUGAAACAUUUGACAUUAGCAGUGGCAGUGGGCCAUCUCCAAAUAGUGAUCAUCGUGAUUAUGAAUUAUCAGAUUUAUUAAGCAGGGAUGUGGAAACUACAGCUAAUAAACAUCCAAUUAUUCCUUCGACUGGCAAUAAAAUAUUAGAAACUCAUAAAUCUUUAAAUGAAACAAUUAAGAAAAUAGAAUGUGAGUUAAAAGGCCCAGAGUAUGAAAAAUUAGAUACAACUUAUAACAAUCAUACAUCUAUAUCAAAUACAGAUGAAAAUCUUGUUAGCCAUGAUGUAAAGGAGCUAAAAUUGAAUAAGAAAAAAUCAAGUUCUAAAUUUGUGAGACUUUCGGACUUAACUGAAACAUCAGGACAUUCUCAUACAUCAGAAUAUUUAAUUGGCAAGGAAAAUAGAGCUACAUAUCGUAUGAGUAGUAGUAUUCCAGAAACAUCUUGGAUCGAAAGUAAAUUAGUUAUGUCAAGAACAAAUGAUUCAGUAAGAACUCUCUCACGAGUAUUUUCUUCUGUCAUGAGUACUUCACUACCGUCGAAACAAAAGUCACCGCUUGAAGAUUUAACUGGAGAUGGUGAGGCAGAAGGUAUCAUUUCUGAGAGUGACAUAAGUAGCAUGCAAAGCAGCAUGGGACGUUCUGGAGCUGAAGGAAGUACAGAAGAAACAGAAACAUCAAGUUUGGCUGGAGGAAAACCAUAUAAUCGAUUGGGUGAAGAUUUAUUAAGAAUGUUUUUGGAAGAGAUUAAUCCAGAUGUUACAAUUGAUGUAGCUGGAAGACGAAUUAGGGCACAUAAGUGUAUAUUAAGUUCUCGUUGUCAAUAUUUUGCGGCGAUUCUUAGUGGUGGAUGGAUUGAAAGUGCAGGAAAUGUGAUAUCUUUGCAAGGAUAUUCUUAUAAUGCAGUUCAUUUUGCACUACGUCAUAUAUAUAGCGGAGAAAGCAAUAUACCAGAUUGUAUAAGUAUUGUCGAAUUAGCUACAUUAGCUGAUAUGCUGUGUCUAGAGGGUCUUAAAGAAGUUAUAGGUUAUACUCUGAAAGUCAAAUAUUGUCAUCUUUUUCAUAAACCUUGCCAAGUAUGUGCUGUUGGAGUUUUGGAGUGUAUGCCAUUAGCUGCAGCUUAUGGGCUGGAUGAAAUAUAUCGUAAAUCUCUAAGAUGGAUAACAAGACAUUUUGUAAGAAUAUGGCCGUGCAAAGCAUUUGCAACCCUUCCAAGAGAAUUGAUGGAAAAGUGUUAUUUACAGCAUAUAGUACAUAUGUCUACAGAUAAUGUACUUCAAACUAUGAUGGAUUGUGAUAAACUGUUAGCAACUUUACCGAAUGUACGCUGGGCAGAACCAGUAUACAGAAUGGUUUCAAACUUGUUAGAAACAUCACUAAAAUUUUUAGCAGACAAUUUUGCAGCUAUAUUAAAUAAUGAAAAUUUUCAAUCACUUGGUCGUGAUUUAACAUGGAAUAUAAGUCGUUUGGAGGAUAACUUUUUAUCAGCUGCAGAACGUUUGCCACCUGAACAAGCAUGUAAAAGUUAUUCAAAAUUACAUAAAAUGUUGUCAUCCACGCAAACAGAUAACUUUCAAACAAAAAUGAAAUGGGGUCCGUUAUUUAUUGAGUUUUUAAAGAAAAUUCAAGUUCGUGUUGAAAAAUGUUUGGUUCGUGAGGCAGCGAGGGCUGCAAGAUCGACAACAUGGUUAAAAAUGGAUUUGGAACUUCGCCGUAGAAUACAAGAAUUAGCAUGUCUGGUUAUUCUACCACACGAAACAUCGAGAUAUCAAUCGAGGCAUUCGAACUUUAUAAAGGAAUCAAAAACAUCGUCUGCUUGCUCAGCAAAUCGCAAUUUAGAUCUAAAACGUGUGAAAAUGGCUAUAUCGGAACAUAAUGAUAAAACAAUGAAGCAAAUGUCAACGACGCAAACGCGAAAAGUUUUAAAUAAACCUAAAAGCGAUCCCGUUGAACGAAAAAUGCAAGAGGAUAAUAAACCAAGCACCAGUGAUGCACCAAAUCGACCUAAGUCAUGGCCCAAUAAAAUAGAGGUAAAAUCUAGAUAUUUAGAACCAAGAACCAAAUUUGUACCUAAAGAAAAUGUGUCAGUAAGUCAAGAUAAAGUGAUAAUACAACGACGAAAAAUCACAAUUUCAUCGUCAGACUCAUCGCGUACAUCUAGUCCUGCGACAAAACGAGUGACAGAGAAGAAGCCUAUAGCAAGAGUAAAGCUGCCUGUAAAAAAAGACGUGAAAGCUCUUUCGUCUGAUAGUUUGACAGAAUCGAACAUGACCAGACCAAACAAGAAGAAAAAUGUGAUCAGUAAAAGUUGUGGUAUCACUCGUCCCGAAUCACCAUCCUUUAAACAGAAAAGCACAGAAAUUGGAUUGUCUGUGGAUUCAUUAGCAGAAUCUAAGAACAAGGCAUCGAUUGUAAAGAAAAAUGUUAACAAAAUGGAUACGUCAAUAUCUACGGAUAGUCUUAUGACAGAAAUAACUGCAAAUCCUAAAUCUAAUACGUUGCAGAAAUUAUCACCAACAUUAGGAAAAAGUAUAAACAAAACACAAAUUUAUGAUAAAACGAAGAAAAAUAUAUUGCCAAUUCAACAGAAGAAUCCAAUGACAGUAACACGUAGGCCACCAAGAUCAUUAGAGAAUUCAACCGCGGCCAGUAGAAGUAGAGCAGCAGCUAUAAGUGCUUAUCACGGUUCACCUAAUCUACGUAGGAAUCUUUUAGAUGCUGCAAAGACACCGGAUAUUUCAAGUAAAUCAGUAAAUAAUGUUACUUGUAGGAUAUCAAAUGCACGACAAGCUUUACAAUCGACCACUAUGGUUAAUUCUAUCGUGAAAAGAGAAAAGAAAGAUAAUAGCGCUACUCAACAAGGAUCGGAUAACUCUAGCAGAAAAUCUUCCCCUAAAUCUGGCAUUAACAGAUUAAAUAAGCCGGCCCUUACUAAUAAAAAAUCAUCUUCCAAGGUCAACGAUGAAAAGAUCAAAACAAAGUGCCAUACCGAAGAGACUCCCAAACAACUUACAGUGGGUUCUAGAUCAGGCACGUUUCUUAAAGAUGAGCCUACAAUACUUAAAAAAACGGACAUUGCGUCAUCUCAGAUAAGUACUUAAAUGUGCGUAUGAAAUGUAAUCUUUUUCAAGAUACAUACCUAUUAAUGAACACGCAUAGAAAGUCAUAUAACGCAGCUACGAACAUGAUAAAUUAAAUGAAUCAUGCUCGAUAUAAGAUAGAUGAUAAUUUAAAUCAUAUUAUGGCACAAUAUAAAUGCACACUGGAAAUAUGUACAUGUAUAUGCUCGCAUGCACAUAUAUGAACGUUCUUAUAGCAUGUGAUUUUGUUACAAUAUCAAAUAUCGCUACAUACAGUCAGACGUUAUACUACAUACACACACGUGUGGGAUAUAUAUACGUCCAUGUAUAUUUUAAUCGCAUUCCUUUUUGACAUAAGUUUAUCAUUUAAAAUUAUACUAUUCAUUAUUCAUAAUUUAUUUGUAUUAUAUAUAUAUAUAUAUAUAUAUAUAUAUAUAUAUAUAUGUAUGAUGGAUGUAUGUAUGUAUGUUUGUAUGUAUGUAUGUUUGUAUGUAUGUAUGUUUGUAUGUAUGUUUGUUUGUAUGUAUGUUUGUAUGUAUGUAUGUAUGUAUGUAUGUAUGUAUGUAUGUAUGUAUGUAUGUAUGUAUGUAUGUAUAUGUAUAUGUAUAUAUAGUAUAAUUUAUGUCUUUAUUAGGACUGUAUACAUAACAUCUUGUUGUUAGAGGUGCAGUCGAAUUUUUAUGAUAAAAUAUAUCUUAGGUUAAUUAAAAAGUAAAGAAUGAAAAAGAUUGUGAAUUUAUAAAAUAUUUUUUUCAGAGAUAAUUCAUCAAUUAAUUAAUCUUUUUUUUUGUAAUGGACUAUACUGCUGAUAAUAAGCAGAUCUUAUAGUUUUAUAAUAAAUUUGAAUAUUUCGAAUUUUUUUUUCAGCAUCUACUAUAUAAACAAAAAUCUUUAAAGAUCGGAUGAAGCUUGAUAAAAAAUCAUGUAUUACUUCACAUAGAUAUGUAUUUUAAAUAUUUGCAACUACAUUUUCUGUCUAUAUCGAAAAUACAUAUAAUAUGGUCACUUAUAAUAUAUUUUUAGAUAGUUGCAAAGAUUCCCUUUUCAAAUAGAGCCAUAUGUUUAUCUUUUAUUUUUUCUAGCCUAUUGAUUAUUUCUACAAUACAUCUGUAAUAAAAUAAAUUAUGAUCGAAUUUUACUUACUAGAUAUUGCCAUAGUAUAUAUGUAUAUUUAUUUCAUUGAUAUACAUUUUUGACCUGUAUAAUAUUUAGAAUACAAGGAAUACAUUUAUUAUAUAUAACAGUAAGAAAAUGUCAUAUAUGUAAACAAAUUUUUAUUUACUAUUUUUAAGUUUCAUAUUAAUUUCUUCGACUGAUGAAGAUAUACUAUAGCGAAAUAGAAAAAUAUACGUUUUGAUUUAAUAUUAUAUGUGAUAUUUUGAGAUCUAAGUUAUCUUUCAAAUAAUCAAUUAUUUUCUUAUACACUAAACGAUCAGAAUGGAAAAAAUAUAUAAAAAUUGUAAUUCUGUUCUGAUCAUUUAGAGAUCUAUUUAAGAAAAUUAUUACUUCUGUUUUAUUAUAGAUUUAAGUUUAUUCAAAUUAAAAAUAGUCUAGAUUGAUAUAUUGGAGAAUAAUUUAAUUUUUAUUUUCAUUGACAUCUACAAAACAUAAACUUCUUGCUUUGCCUUAAUAUAGUGUACGUUAAUAUAUUUAUUUAUUAAAUUCUAAUCUAUAUUUUGCAAUGUACAUUUUUAUGCAAUGUUUAUAUCUAGUCAUUUGUAUAUUAAUUACUUUUACGUAAUGUUAAUAAACAUUUAAAAGUGUUAAAAUAUUUUAGUUAACUUAAAAUUACCUAACUUAAAACUUAGAAACAUAUAAAUUAGAAAAAUCAUUUUAAUAUAUAAUAAUAUAUUUAAGAUAUGUUACUUAUAAUAUAAAACUAUAAUACAAAUUAGAAUACAAAACUUCAUUAUACUUUAUGAUACUUCAGAAUACAUAGUAGUUAACAAACUAUACAUCUAAUAAUGUUCCUCUUGGUCUUGUCCGUUUAAUAUUUGUUUCAGUUGGUGGCAUAGCUUUUCUUUUAUUCAUUCCUUUUCUUUCAAGUUGCUUUUCUAUGAUUCGUGCAUUAUUUGCAUAUGAAUCAGCAACUUCUCUCUAAAAAUACAAUUUGAUUUAGAAAUUUUUAUUGUAUUUGCAAAAAUAUAUCAAGUAUUAGCUUAUUAAACUUACAGCUUCGAUUUCAUCUUCUUCUUCAUCUAUCGUAGAUACAGUUACUGAACUAAAUUUGCCCAUAUUCUUGGUAUGUUUCGUUACCAUUAUUUUUUUAGGUUUUUCAAUUGCUACUUGAUUAUAUAUAUCAGUCAUUGGACCUUCACCAGAACUUUUUAUCACAGCACCUUUUACAAUAAAUACAAUAUUCACGCUAAGGCCAUGUUUAUAAUAUAGAAAAAGACCACAUCUGUAAAAAUGUAAUUUUUAUGGCAAUUGUAGAAAAACACUUUAUAUAUGUUAAUUAUAAUAAUAAUCAAAAUGGUACACACUU